AUGAUGGAUGAGGAGGAAAGAAAUGAUAGCAAUGAUAAAUCUAUAUCGAGUGAUUCUUGUCGCAUCUGGAGCCAAUGGCAAUUGCUGGAUUCUGUACUUCCUACAGGUGGCUUUGCUCAUUCUUGUGGUCUCGAGGCAGCAAUGCAAGCUCGCUUGGUCUUUGGCCCUGAAGAUUUACGGAAGUAUGUGGUCCAUGUAUUAGAGAAUACGGGAAGUUUACUUCUUCCAUUUGUUCACUCUGCAAAUAUGUCUCCUGACAUGCAGACAUGGCAGAAAAUUGAUCGGCUGCUGGAUGCAACACUUACCAAUGAAGUGAGUCGUAAGGCAUCAAUAGCUCAAGGAUCAGCGCUUAUGAGAGUUGCUGCAGCUGUUUUUUCAGAAGUUCCUUCUAUUAAAAUGAUGAGAGAUGCAUCUCUGCGAAGUUCAACGGUCUCUUUGCACCAUGCUCCCAUCUUUGGGCUCAUAUGUGGGCUUCUUGGGUUUGAUGGUGAAACUUCUCAGAGAGCUUACAUGUUCAUAACAAUGCGAGAUGUCAUAUCUGCUGCGACUAGGCUAAAUUUGGUUGGACCCUUAGGUGCUGCCGUAUUACAGCAUCAUGUUGGCCCGAUUGCUGAAGAUUUGUCAAAGAAAUGGAUGAACCGUGACGUUGAGGAGGCAUGCCAGACAUGUCCUUUGCUUGAUACUGUGCAGGGAUCUGCUGAGUCCAAGAGCCACUUCCUGAAAAUGGUGAGAGGAAAGAUUCAAAUGAAGCUUAUUGAAAACGAAUCAAGCAGGCUGGUUUCCUUCUCAAAACGCAGAAAUGGGCUGUUAAAGAAAGCUUAUGAGUUAUCAGUACUUUGUGAUGCUGAAGUAGCCUUGAUUAUUUUCUCACAAAAAGGAAGACUUUUCCAGUUCUCAAGCUCCAACAUGGAAGACUCAAUAGAGAAAUACCUUGAACAUGUAAAAGAAAAGAAGACCACAACUAACAACACUGAAGUUCAACAACGUGUGAAGCAUUUGAAGCAUGAAAACGCAUUCAUAGCAAAGAAGAUAGAGCUCCUUGAAAGCUCCAAACGGAAACUUUUAGGGCAAGGCUUGGAAACAUGUUCAGCUGAAGAACUGCAAGAUAUUGACAAGCAGCUAGAAAAAAGCCUAAAAAACAUUCGAGCAAGAAAGGCUGAAUUAUACAAGGAGGAUAUAAAAAAGUUAAAAGCAAAGGAAAAGUUUCUUUUUGAAGAAAAUACAAGAUUGCGCGAACAGUGUGGACCAAAGCCAAAUCAGAUACCGGAAAAACAAAAAGAAAUUGCUAAUUGCAGCCACAAUACAAUGAGCUUAGAGGUGGCGACUGAUCUGUUUAUUGGCCAACCUCCAAUCCAGAAUUGCUAUUUUCACUCUUAA